CUUGCUCGAAUGGUCAAUGUGGAGAAGGACUGAUUUGCGUAAAUCGCACGUGUUUAAAUAUUAGUGCACCAACAACUUCUGCGACUACAGCUACAACAACAGCAGCAACAGCAACAACAACAGCAACAACAACAACAACAACAACAGUAACAACAACGACACAAAAAUGUGUGGAUCGUAGUACACCCGGUCGAGCAAGUGAUUGUCCAGCAGUAAAACAUUUAUGCAACAAUGCUAUAUAUUUCCAAUUAAUGACAGAGCAAUGUCCAUUUACAUGUGAUCGCUGUCCAGGCACCAGUCCAAGAUCAAACCCAGCUUGUUCUGAUCGAGUUGGAGCAGGUGGUACAUCAAAUUGUGCAUCCGUUUCAUUUUUAUGCCAAAAUUUUUUAUACCGUCAGCUUAUGAGAGAGCAAUGUCCAAAAACCUGUGGAUAUUGUAAAUGA